UUUCUCUCGGUUUUUUUUUUAUAUUUUAUCCUGAGAAAAUGGAAGGCGUGAUUGUAGAACAGUUAAAGAAAAGCGAUGAAACCUUCAGGAACACGAUGGAGCGGAUUUUUCAUCAGUAUUCCAAUAAUGAUCCAGGACCGGAGCUGUGUCUGAAAACAAUGACCUUCACAUCUAGGAAAGGUUCCAUACCUUUGGACAGCGCUGCGGCAAAAAAAGAGAUGCGGGACUUAAAGAAUCGUCUCAAUGAGCAGCCACUGCAGGGGUUGGCUAGAGCUCAGGAAGAACACACCAUUUUAGAUCAAGAUGCACAUCCAUCUUUGUGCCAGAUGGAUGAGACAAUGGCUGAUCUUGACCGUUCCAGUCAGAUGGAAACCGGCAACAGCCUUUGGUGUGGUUCGGAGACGUCCCAGCUUUCUCUGAACUCACUGAGCACCUCUCAGGGCUGCAUGCGGAAGGAGGCUUCUCAGCCCGAGGAAGAGGACCACGAACUAGAGAAAACGCUAAGCAGCCAUGGUAGCACCCUUCUGGAUGUCUAUCCCAGCAUGUUGAACCAGAUUGGCAAAGCGUACCAGCGUCAGCACGUGACCGACGUGGCUAGCGCGGUCUUGCGCAGGUAUCGUCACAGACGUUUGCAGUCUUUCCUAAAGCAGAACCGCAAUCACGACUGUAAUAAUUCGUUAAACACGACGAAAGAGAGCUCACUGGCUGUCGCCAAACCACCCCGUAAAAACAUCACAAACCAGCAGAAAAACAAGUUCAAUUAUAAGGAGUCUUUACCACAGAUAAAAAGCAAGCAGGACUUCUCACCAUUUAAGAGAAUCAGCAAUACACCAUCAGGAUCCACUGCUUUCUUCUAUUCACCGAGAAGAGAUGAUGUCGCGAGAACGUCAGAAGUGGAACACGGGUCCCGUUGGACAGGUCAGCGCUCAAACGGCGAGUCACCACAUCGACCCAUCCGUGUCCUGGACCUUUCAACGCCUCCGUCUUCCUCCUCGCGUUCUCCGUCACCGGAUCUCAACCAGACCUACGUUGUUAAACCUGUUCCUUUGCCAAGAUCCCAAGUGGUUCCACCCUCGUCUGUUUGUGGCUCAACAUGGUCACCAUUAAAAAUGGCCAGAAUUUUAUCACAUGCAAGCCAAGGAGGAAGCUCUGUCCAUAGCUCACCCUCCCUCUAUCAUUCAGGCCUGCGCAAAGACCACAAUCAUUCUAUCACUGCCUCCCCACAGAGGGCUCUCAGUAGUCAUGUUUCUCAGCUCAGGAGCCCUCUAAAAGCCAGAAUUCCUAGCCUGGAUCACAACCAGCAAACCUCCUUAUCUUCUCUCAAUCCUGUGAUUCAUACGUCCGAGAUGCACCGAUCUCCUUACAAAGCUCAGAGAUCAUUCUCUCCGCACCAUCAGGAGACGGUGAAGCAUCAGCCAUCUUACUCCCGCCGCUUUUCCCCAUCGACUUUCAUCCCAAAGAUGCCCAGCGCGCAGAUCGAUGCAGAGUUCAUGAGGCUUUACCAUCAUUUUAUCUGCCGCAGCACAAACCCUACUUCAUCCUGUCACAUGUGCAAGAUGCGAUCAGUUGCCCAAAGUCCUGCCAUGUCUUCCAAGAGCAUGUCCGCACUCUCUCUAACGCCUGUUCGCCGCCAGAAGAGACAUCGCGAGCCCGAGGUCGUCGAGUUGCUGCGGUUCAAGCGUUUCCGUGAGAGCUGCUCCCCAUGCCGGACCACCCAGUUCUGGCCAAAGCAGCAGCCCCAGCAGCAGGAGGUGAACAGACAUGUGAAAACUCCAACCAUGGAGCCCAGUGAUGACAAAUACACCUGGAACCGAGCUCUUCUCUUACAGUGUCCUAGCCCGGGAUUUCUCAAUGCCAUAAGGCAGCAUAAGAGCCAUGCAUCAGGAAGUGGCAGAAAAGGACCAGGCUCCAGACUGGACCUGAAUACUACUCAAUACUACUCCCCAUCUUGGAGAGAUUCAGUGAGAUAUAGAGGUGAUGGAGAGAAUUUCGAAACCAGGUCACCAAUGAGGUCCUGGGAUGAAAGUGGUCCUUCAGCCUCCCCAAGGAUGUCAAGAAGGCGACUUCUGUAUGGCCCUGUCCAGUGAUGAGAUCUUCCCUGUUUGCUUCUCACUGUUUGUAGAAGCCAUUACUUUGUGUUUUUACCAGUACUACACUCUCAGUAACAUGUUCUAAAUAGAAAUGUUGCAUUCAUGA